AUGUCAGCGCUCUCCCCCGUGGCUAAGGCGGCUCUGCGCCACCCUGUGGGACGCGCUCGUGGUGAUGGCAUCACCGCCACUGUCUUUGGCGCUUCCGGUUCUCUCGGUCGCUACGUCUGUGCGCACUUGGGUAUGAAUGGCAACGGGUACGUCGUGCCGUACCGCGGAGACGAUACAGAAGUGGCACAUUUGCGUGUGUCUGCAGAUCUAGGCAACGUAGCGCAGCAGCCGUUUCAUCCGCGGGACCGUGACUCGAUCUUGGAGGCCGUCAAGGGCUCGGACAUUGUCAUUAACCUCGUGGGCAAGCAUUACCAGACGAAGCACAUGUUGCCGUGGUGGAUCAAUUACACGUACGAUGACGUGCACGUGGACGUGGCUCGCACGAUCGCUGAAGUAUCCAAAGAAGCUGGUGUGCCCCGCUUGGUCCAUGUGUCUUCGCUGCUGGCCCAGCCCAACUCACCGUCUGAGUGGGCUGCAUCCAAGUUUCGCGGUGAAGUGGCUGUUCGCAAGGCUUUUCCUGACGCAACGAUUGUGCGUCCGUCCAAUAUGUUUGGCCCGGAAGACCGCUUGCUCGUGUGGAUGGGGAACCGCCUGAACUAUGGUGGCGUGCCUGUUGUGGACAAUGGCGAUGCCGUGAUCCAGCCUGUGUUUGUGAAUGACGUGGCGAAAGCCAUUUUCCACAUCACACAGGAUGCGACUAUUCAGGGCGAGACCUUUGAACUCGUGGGUGACGAGGAGUUUUCGUACAAGGAAUUGGCCGACUACCUGUUUGACGUGACAAAGCGCAAUCCUACGCUGGUGAAUCUACCGCUUCCCGUGGCCCAGGCCAUCGGCUACUUCUGCGAGCAGUUUCCGGACCCCAAGUUCACGCGUGACUGGGCUACGCGUCUCAGCUUGAACGAGAUCAAGACUUCAGACUUGCCGGGCUUGCGGGAGCUUGAUGUGGAGCCAGCCAAGCUGGAGACAGAGGCGCCGAACUUCCUUCUCAAAUUCAACCCUGGUGGCCACUUUCAGGAGGUGUCUGGCUACCAUUAA